CAACUUACAAGCAGCAUUGCGCGGACAAGGCGCCGCCCCAGAAGCGGCCGGCCGUGGCUCAGCAAUAUCUGCCGCGUACAGUCGUACGUCCGUUACUAUUACGACUUUCUUACUACGGAUACUACGGAUACAACUGCGCGGCCCUUUUUCGUCCUUUUCUGCGCAGUAAUCUUAAUUUUCCUGGGCGCGCAAACACGAUUACACAUUACACCUACAUCAUUGGCGUCGUUGUUCUGCAGAGUCCAACGUACACGUAGCGCAAGCCCACACACAAACCUGCAACUGCAACUCUACCUUGGCUGUACGCAGUAG